AUGGAUCUGUCCGACCUUUCCUUCCCCGUCUCCUCGGCCGACGACCUCUACGAUGACCCCUGCUUCAGCACCAGCGACAUGAACUUUUUCGACGACCUGGACUCCCGGCUACUGCACGCCGGCCUUCUGAAACCAGAGGCCCAUCUUCUUCACCACCACCACCACCACCACCACCACGUCCCCGUCGCCGAGGAGGAAGAAGAGGAGGACGAGGAGGACGAGGAGGAAGAGGAGGAGGACGAGCACGUGAGGGCCCCGGGGGGCCUCCACCAGACGGGGCGCUGCCUGCUUUGGGCGUGCAAGGCCUGCAAGAGGAAAACGUCCCACGAGGACCGGAGGAAAGCGGCCACCAUGCGCGAGAGGCGGCGGCUCGGAAAGGUCAACGACGCCUUCGAGACGCUGCGGCGCUGCACGGCCGCCAACCCCAACCAGCGGCUCCCCAAAGUGGACAUCCUGCGCAACGCCAUCAGCUACAUCGAGUCCCUGCAGACGCUGCUGCGGGGCGGCCGGGGGGGCGGCGGCUUCUACCCGCCGCCGGAGCACCGCGGCGGCGUGGACUCGGGCGCCGGCAGCCCCGGAUCCAACUGCUCCGACGGCCCGAUGGAGUUCAUCUCUCCGUGUUCGACCAGUGACGGUUCGUACUGCAGCCACACAGACGAUUCCAGCAGCAGAAAGCCGGCGCUGGUUUCCAGUCUGGACUGCUUGUCCAGCAUCGUGGAGCGGAUCAGCAAAGAUCCAGCUGUGGCCCCCCCAGGGGACAGCGUGGUCCCCCGGGGCCCCGGAUCGCCUCAGAGCAGCCCUGCGGGGUCCAGAUCCUCCAGAUGCUGA